UGACUCGAGCAUGUGAGCAAUCUUGAACAUUGCAGGUGCCUAGGUAAAUCUGCAUGUCUCAUGAGCUGCAUUAUAACGUAUUUCCGGAACAAUGUGGCGUGCUUUGACCUUAGAUAAAAAUAUUACAGCAGUGUCUCCUUCGACUGAACGUCGCAGCAAGUUGCUGACAAAGAAUAUUAGUUUUCCUUUAAGUAAGAGUAUUUAAUAUAAUCCAUUGUACUACUAUGAGAAAUCAUAAUCUGCGAGAUUUUACACGAUAUUGUACCAUGAUACCGAGAUCUCGUUCGUGCAAUAUGGAAUCAUAAGAGAUUAAGAAACUUGCAUUUAUGGUAAGCUUUAUUUACACAUGUUACCAUGCUUAUUUAUGGACAACGAUGAGCGGGAAAGACGAUUGGUUGGUAGGAAGAAAGAAAUGCAUACGAAGGAAAGCUUCUCCAGAGUCGGCGAAGAGCGCGUGUGCAAUACGCUAGGUAGAGCUUACAUCACGAGCAAAUGGAUGCAACUGGUGUCAUCAGUUAGUGUUGCGAGUGCUCCCAAGUUGCAUGACACAAGAGCAGAAGCCUUAAUAAAACGAUUCAAGUGAAAGAAAUUUGAUUCUUUCUGACUUUUAAUAUUAUAAUAGUAUCUGAAAGAUUAAACCCGAAGGCAUAAUCAAUCUCUGCAGACAAAGGAAGAUUGCAAAAAUAUUGAAACAUCAUGAGGUACAAGCAUAUUGGUCUUGUCGGUGCAUCAUUAAUUAUAACGCUCUGCCUGCUCUCUGGACUCAUGUACUAUUUCAAUCAAGACAAGUGUCCUGUCGGUACUUUCCUGUGUUACAACAGCACCAUAUGCAUGCCGCAACGUAGCUGGUGCAAUGGUGUAUCAGAUUGUCCAUACAGUGACGAUGAAUCUACUGAAAAUUGCUUUGACAUGCACGGAACUUGGGAUUGGUUUACAAAGGACAGACAAUAUUUCUGGGGAAACUUAGAAGAUUGCGAUACACGUGAUGCUCCAGUUAGAUGCACUUAUGACAUGUGUCACGUGAGUUGCACAAAUUAUACUGAAGUGCCUCAGAAUUUGUCAACAAACGUCACAGCGAUUUUCUUAACUGAAAAUUCGCUUACGCACUUAACUCGCAAUGUGUUAUCGAGAUACCGAGAGAUACGCCUAUUAUAUCUCGAUAAUAAUGAUAUAGUCGAGAUAGAAAAGUGGGCGUUUCUUCAUCAAAAUGAGUUGUUUUGGUUAGUCCUCACGACUAAUAGAAUCAAUGAAAUACAAACUGGUCAUUUAACGGGACUGAAUAAAUUAGAAACCUUGAGACUGGAUCAAAAUAAUAUUGUGAUGGCAGAUUUUUCUGACCUGGAAAACAGUACUACUGUAUACUUGAUAGAUCUGAGUAAAAAUAUGUUGACAACAUCAUCCUUGAAACUUCCACAAUUGCCGACACUGACAGAAAUAAUAUUGGACGAAAAUCGUUUCGAGUCGAUAACGGAAGAUUUAUUCGCUGGAUGCUCCGCUUUGAAAUCAUUGAGUAUAGGACACAAUAACAUAAGCAGCGUCAAUGAGAACGCGUUCCGAAAUUUGCAGCAACUUGUCGAGCUUAACUUGGCUUACAACAUGAUAGUCACGCUAUCGCCGAACGUGUUCCAACCUGUGAAUAAUCUGUCGAAGCUAUUAAUCGGUUACAAUCCCGUCGCUGAGUUACCAAUGACACUUUUUAGUUCACUGAACAAUCUUCGCUCCCUUGGUUUAGAGGACAUAAACAUGGACAAUAUGGACAUGGAUACGUUCAAUCUCCAAAUGUUUCCAAAUCUUGAUUUCGUAUACUUCAAAAAGUUCCACUAUUGCAUGACCUACGCACCAAACGUGCAAAAAUGUCGACCUAUUAGCGAUGGAGUGUCAUCGGUGUCUCAUUUAUUGGGUAAACCUCUAUUAAGAGCUGCUGUUUGGAGUAUAUCUUGUGUCACUUGUCUGGGUAAUAGCCUCGUUCUUUGGGGCAGAUUCACCGCUAACGACGAGAAUCGAGUUUUGAGCAUUAUUAUCAGAAAUCUUGCAGUGUCCGACAUGUUGAUGGGAAUAUAUCUCUUCAUAAUCGCUGUAGAAGACGCGAGGUUCCGCGAUAACUACCAACAGGAAGCGAGCACGUGGAUGUCCUCAUGGUCCUGCACAAUUGUAGGAGCGUUGGCGAUGACAUCAUCUGAGGUUUCUGUGCUGAUCCUGUCAUUUAUGUCCGUGGAGCGGUUUAUUCUGAUCGCAGCCCCAUUAAAAUGUCAUCGUGCUAUGACGUCGCAAACUGCAGCCUCGUCGAUGAUCGUCAUCUGGAUUAUAGGACUUGUUCUUGCUGUAGUGCCAGUCAUUCAUUGGAGAAGCAGCACGAGAUUCUACGGUAUCAAUGGAAUGUGCUUUCCUCUGUACAUUGACGAUCCGUACUUGACAGGCUGGGAGUACUCUGCUUUUAUCUUUUUAGGACUUAAUCUCCUCGGAUUGAUGAUCAUUGGUUACGUCUACGCUGCCAUGUUCGCUAGCAUCUGGAGAACGCGCCACGCCACGCCGUUGUCAGUCGGCGAUUCCGAGUUCGCCCUCAGGUUCUUCCUAAUCGUGUUGACAGAGGCGGUAUGUUGGGCACCGAUUAUAGCGUUGAAGAUCCUCGCCAUGAUGAAAUAUCCCGUGCCGCCCGACUUGCACGCGUGGAUAGUGAUUUUCAUCCUGCCGGUAAAUAGUGCGAUCAAUCCGCUAUUAUAUACUUUUACUACGCCAAAAUUUCGUGAGAGACUCAGCGAGGGUUGGCUCGGGAAGAUAUGGAGCUGCGUGUCGAGGAAACAUUCCAAACAAGAUUCCCAGACGUCAUCCAGUAUCAAUAAGACCACAGUUAUCGACAAGAAUAUGAUGCAGUCGUUACCCCUCUGCAUCCAAUACGAUGCGACGUAAGAACACAGCCGUUUACGAGUUAAGAACAAAAAGAAUCCGAGAAGCGGAGCUAAAAUUAGUAUAAACCCGUGUUUUAUAUAUAAUAUACAUAAUAACAUAAAAUAAUAUUAAGUCUACAUUAAAUGUUAUAUAAAUUACUGUCGCAGAUAUUUAUCGAUAUUGUGCCAUGUUGCAUUAUAGAGCAGAAAUAAUAACUCUGCACAGCAUCCGGCAUGAGUAAUAGAUAACUAUAGCUUAGCCUAGCAGUAGUGAAAUUCUGCGGCUUAGUAAUCAUCAAGAAACCCGUUGUGAAAGAAGAUUAAUACUUUUGUCGCGUUUAAUAGAAUUAAUUCGCAAACGAAUCAUCACGCUGAAUCACGAAAUUUUCCGUACAUAAUACAGGAAAUAAGUAUUAUAUAUAGCUUGAUUUACUACGUUAUGUCGCAGAGAAAGUGUUUUUUAUUCUUCGCGAAAUAUUAUGUAAAUUAUAUAAAUAUUUGCAUGAACAUCAGAUUAAUACUCAGAUUAAAAAAGAAUAAAUGUUCUUCCAGUUGUGCCAAUAUUGCUCUAUUAAAAGCAAAGAAUUCAGCAAGAUAUCACGUUCUCAUUGUUUCUUGCUUAGCGCACCGUAAGAAAAACAGCCAGAAUCCGCGCUUUGUCCCUGAAUGUAUCGUUUCGCGCAUCAGUGAUCCCGGCAUGCGGAUAUUUCAAUUGUGCGAAUGCCGAUGGUCCCCGACGAAGCGUCCACCCACGUAGUGGAAGCGUGCUCGAAAAUGCACAUAAAUUAUUUUCCGACGAAGUCGGAAACGCGACCGUGCUCCGAAAUAUUUACGACAUCGAUUCUGACAUACCGGCAAAUCAUGUUUCACGAUGUGGCACCGUUAUCCCGGGUCAGCGCCACUUUGUUCCGUAUUAUUAUUGUGAGAUGAGAAAUUUAUCUUCGAACGCGGGCGUGACUUUUUAACGACUUCACCGCCGUACGCUUGAAAACGAGCAUUACAUCACCGAAAUAUGCACGAUUAGUCGACGUAAAACAAUUGGUCAUCUCUCCCGCCGCCAUCCAUCCUUACAGGGAUUACUCACUAAGCCGAUAAUACAUUACAAAGCCGAUAAUAAAUUACAAAGCCGAUGAGAAAACGAAGAAUAUUAUGACAGACGGAAAGUGAGAAAUAUUAUAGAACAUAUGCGAUUAAAUACAGCUCGCAUUAUUCGUGUAACCAUUUACGGAUAAGUUCUUUCACGGUAAUCCAUUAAAAUACGCAGAGAUAUAAACAACGGGAGAUGCAAUGAUAUCCGACUUCCGACUUUCGGAGGGUUACAGUCAGUCGUAAAUCAUGCGAACAGCCAAGAAAAAUGCAUCUCGCGAGCACUCUACGAUCUACCGGCACGUGGGUUGGCUCUUACGCGAUAUAAUGUGUAAUUUAUGGCGGAUGGCCAAUGGUAAGGUCCCGUUAAGGGGCCUCGAUACUUCGCCCGAGACAGACCGCCUUUUAGGACUGACUUUUCUUCCGCCUUAAGCUGCUAAGAUUUCUUCGGCUACAAUACAAUUACGCCACGACGUGGGCGGGGAUAUGUUACGCGAUCGUCCACAAAAUUGUUCCGGAAUAAAAAGUCGAAUAUAUAUCGUCACGACGAUGCAAGUAGAUGUAUGUAGAUUGUAGAUAGUAGGUGAAACGCAUGCUGUGAUGCAUAGGUGCAAAUAUUGCCGCAUUGUCAACUUAUCACUUGAACAAAAAUUAUAUUUUGUAAUAAAUAUAGUAAAUUCUCGAGUUCUAAAUA